UUCCGAGCGGAGUGAGGUCAGAUGCCGUGAUUUGAAGUUCAUGAAAACUGUGUUGAUUGGAUGAAUAUCAUUGUCCUCCCCGGCGGCAUGGAAGAAGAUUCAUGACAGGCAAAUCUUUGCUGCGAAAUCGCAACCAACGGAAUUCCUCGCACAUGUUUAGAUCGGAGCAAAAAGAUUGUUCUGCGACCAGGGGUGGUCUUUUCAUGCAUGGCAUACCGGAGUAAACGAGGCUGCGGCUGGGCAUGGGGGAUACAUUCCAAGGGUAUUUCCAACACGUACCUUUUUGCUCCAUUGACCACUCACCACGGCCCUUUCAAGCCCAAUGUACACCCAUGAAGUAACAGAAUCGUUCACUUUGUGGGGUUGAGACAGGGCUGGAAGUAAAUAUGUUUCAUGCGGCAGACGCCCCAUAAUCCCAUAUAUCGUGGCAUCUACGAUGAGGAGAUCAAUCAAUAUGGGUUCCAAGCUGGUGGCUGUCUGCUGUUUGUCUUGGCUGAUGAGCAUUCGCGUGAUUCUUGCCAAUUUUUCAAUGAUGAUGAUGAUGAUGCAGGUAUAGAGCAUCUGUCGUCGAUCAGGCGGAAGACUGUUCUCGAUUUCUCCAUGCAAUCGUCGAUACCAACACAACUCCCAAGCCUCCCGCUUCCAUCACCCUGUCGACCCCAACUUUCAACUUGCAUGUGGCUUGCAAAAAGAAAUUUUAAACUCUUCAGGUACCAAGUAAGCAUCUUGUUGACGAAUUUGAGUGAGGCAUUUGCACCACUCCUAUUUCGCAGCUCACGCUCCAUCACACUGCCAUCAGAAUUUUUCUGGUGCCAAAUCCUUCGUCUCUCCUUUUCCGGAGCCGGUCCCCUCAUCCGCAUCCUGUCCUGUCUCAAAUUCUCACCUGAUUCGGGCCAUGACGUAUUUUGUGCUGGGCCAGCAAAAUUUCUGAGUCGUGAACAACGAUCGAGAGAGGUUGAAGAUAAGAUGUUCAGAAAGGGGAUAGUCUUAUCUGUCGUUGAGAAGAGCCAAUGAGAGGGAGAUGGCUGCCGAGAGUAUUACUCAACGCUGUGACUGCGAGUUUUUGAUGUCAAGCCAGACCCUGGGUUCCACUUAUUGCCCUUUGGCGAAGCUCGGCACCUGGCAUGGAAUUUCGACGCGA